CCACGAGGCCUAAGCCCGUGAACAACGCAGAAAUGGCCAAGAUUAAGGCUCGGGAUCCACGAGGAAAGAAGAAGGAGGAGCUAUUGGACAAUCUUAAGGUGGAAUUGUCCCAGCUUCCCGUUGCCAACGAGACAGGCGGCACCGCAUCCAAGCUCUCUGAGAUACGAGUCACCAUCGUCCCAGCCCUCACUGUUCUUAACCAGACUCAAAAAGAAAACCUCGGGAAAUUCUACAAGGGCAAGAAGUACAGGCCCAAGAAGACUGGAGCCAUGUGCCGCCAGCUCACCAAACACGAGGAGACCAAGCAGCAGCAGCGGAAGGAGCGGCUGUACCCACUGCGCAAGUAUGCAGUUAAAGCCCGAGACAACAAUGACAAUAAAGCCUUGGGACACCUGCUGCAUUCUGCUGGGGUUGACUCACACCAGCAGCCUCCCAACACCGUCUACUUUGUUAUCCCUCCAUCCCUUACUCCCCACACCCCAACCUCUCCCCUGCACCCCCAUAUCAGCACCUAA